AUGCCGAUCAAAGCAAGAAACAAUCUGAUUGGUGGGAACGGGACCGAGGAAGCCUUGCUGGCGAGGCUGAAGUUUGAAAUUGAUCCCUCCGGCGAUAGGGCUGGUGGCGGCCAGAGUGGCGCCAAGGUGUACUUGGCAGAGGCCACACCUGGGCAGUGGCCCCAGGACUAUGGUCUCUGUGUGUCCAUUUGCCAGCCACGGUGUCCGGAUUCCUGCGGAAAGGGGAGGGUGGCUUACGGAACAACAGAGAACAGCCCCGUGACCUUCAUGAACUUCGCCGAGGACACUGUGGAACAGAAGGCAGAAAGUGUGGGCAGAAUUAUGCCUCACACAGAGGCCCAGAUUGUGGACAUGAAGACGGGGACGCUGGCCGAGCUGAACACGUCCGGGGAGCUGUGCAUCCGAGGGUACUGCGUCAUGCUGGGCUACUGGGGCGAGCCCCAGAAGACCGAGGAAGCGAUUGGACAGGACAAGUGGUAUCACACAGGAGACAUCGCCGUGAUGGACAAUCAGGGCUUCUGCAAGAUCGUGGGCCGCUCCAAGGAUAUGAUCAUCCGGGGUGGUGAGAACAUCUACCCCGCCGAGCUUGAAGACUUCUUUCACACACACCCACAGGUUCAGGAAGUGCAGGUGGUGGGGGUGAAGGACGACCGGAUGGGGGAGGAAAUCUGUGCCUGCAUUCGCCUGAAAAAGGGAGAGAAGACUACAGCGGAGGAGAUCAAGGCUUUCUGCAAAGGGAAGAUCUCCCACUUCAAGAUUCCCCGAUACGUCGUGUUUGUCACAAACUACCCCCUCACUGUCUCAGGAAAAAUCCAGAAAUUCAAACUUCGACAGCAGAUGGAACAACAUCUAAACCUGUGAAUAAGAGCCGGGGGGGGGGGGGGAUCCUUCCAGGCCCUUGCUGCCCUCCACCCACAUUCCCCUGUCUGUCUUUGUGAUUUGGCAUAAAGAGCUUCUGUUUUCUUUG